GUGUUUUGGUGGAUUUCUGUUCAUCUUUAUAUUUGUUUUCCGGGUCGUGCCGUCAGAAUGCGCCGUGCCAUAAUGGUACGCCCAAAAUUCCGCAAGAAACACGAGCCUAAAAAGGACUAUGCUUGUGGAGGGCAGGGAAAAAACCGCGAAAAGCGACUCUGGAGCAGCGAAACAAGCUCCGAGCAGCUACAAUGUUGUUACAAGAAGAAAUCAUUGAAAAAAGAAAAACCAAUGGAGCUGAAGGAGGAUAGCAUCCAAGUAAACAUGAUAGCAGCCCAGGCUGCCGCACGGGCCCAUCAUCUCAAGGCAGCCGAACAUGACAGAAUUUCAAGGGAAGAAAGCUUUCGCCGUUCGCAACUUAUCCUUCCGGAUGACAGCGAAAAGGAGGCCGAUGAAUAUGUUGAAGAGGAGCCCCUUAUAGUUGUGCCCGACCAUUUAUUAGGUGUACCCCUAAAAGAUCGUGAUUGUGACCAACAGGAAGCCCAGACCUUUCUCGUUGUAGCAAGAAAGUUUGGCAAAUACUGCAUAUAUCGGUUUCACGCGUCCAAAUCGCUGUACAUAUUCAGUCCUAGAAAUCGACUAAGAAGAUUUGUAAUUUUUCUAAUAACUCAUCAAUAUUUUGAAAUUAUUAUUUUAUUAACAAUUUUAACCAAUUGCGUUUUUCUUGCAAUUAAUGAUCCUCCCGAGGAGCCCGAGUAUGUCUUCGCGGCCAUCUACACGGCGGAAAUGAUUCUUAAAAUCAUUGGCAGAGGCUUUGCCCUCCAUAAAUAUGCCUAUCUCAGGAAUGCCUGGAAUUGGCUCGAUUUUUCAGUAGUUAUAUUAGGGUAUGUAACAAUGUUACCGGGUGUAGCAAAUUUGUCAGGAAUGAGAACUUUUCGAGUAUUGCGAGCGUUGCGGACGAUAUCAUCGGUAAAAGGUUUAAAGGCUAUGGUCAACACGCUUCUCAAAUCGAUAAUGAUGUUAUCUGAUGUACUUAUAUUGACUACUUUCUUCUUAUGUGUUUUCGCUCUUAUCGGUCUACAAUUCUUUGCUGGUAUCAUGACUCAUCGAUGUGUCCGUGAUUAUGAUCCUGCUAGCAAUAUAUCAUACGUUGAUUAUUGCACCAAUGAGUCAAACCAUUACAUUUUUAAAGGAGACAAUUUUGCUGUUCUUUGCGGAAAUGAAAGCGCAGCAUAUAACUGCCCGAACAACUAUUCCUGUUUACCCGACUCUGGUCCAAAUCCUAUAUCACAGUAUAUUAGCUACGAGAACUUCGGUUGGUCUCUGCUAACAUCCAUUCAGCUUGUUACAAUGGACUACUGGGAAAGUAUCUAUAAUAGUGUCAUAGCUGUCAAAGGCCCGCUUUAUGUUUUUUACUUCUUGUUUGUUAUAUUUCUGGGGCCAUUUUAUCUCAUCAACUUGGUCCUGGCCGUUGUUUCACUCUCGUAUGAAAUAGAGACUGCGCAAAUGCAGGACGACUCUUUGAGAGCUGCAGCUUAUGCUAAACUAAAGCGAUCAGCCUCGUCAUACUCUUUUGAUGGCUCAUCACCUAUAGAACCAAUUUAUGAAGAAGACAAUCUUCCCAGUCUCCCAGUCGAGGAGAUCGCAAGUGAACAUUUCACUGUUGAGAGCAGUAGUCACACAGCAAUAGAUGAUUUAGAUUCCGUUGAUCUGACGUCAUUGCAAAGGAUGCGUCGAAAAGUUAAAAGGCUGGUUUGUAACUCCAUCUUUGAGACGUUCAUCACAUUGUGUAUUUUAUUCAACACUUUGGCAAUGGCUUGCGAACAUCACGAAAUGAACCCUACUUUCGCUAAAGUACUGGAAGUCUUUAACUACAUCUUUACUGCUGUGUUCUUCUUUGAGAUGGUGCUCAAGCUAACAGCAUUUGGUUUAAAAGAAUACUGCAAAAACCGGUGGAACUUGUUCGAUGGAACGAUCGUUAUCCUAAGUUUAGCUGAUAUGGUUCUCACGCACUCUGGUGCAAUUUCUGGUGCCGGUCUUAGUGUCUUGAGAACAUUUCGAUUGCUACGAGUUCUAAAACUUGCACAGUCGUGGAAAACUAUGGGAGCACUGCUGAAUACGAUUGGAAAGAGUGUGGGAGCCGUUGGUAACAUCAUCGUUAUCUUAGGWAUCAUCGUCUACAUGUUUGCAGUUGUUGGGAUGCAGAUGUUUGGUCCUGAUUAUACACSCGAUAAGUUCGRCGGGAAAAUUCCAAGGUGGAAUUUUAAUGAUUUCGGACAUUCAUUUAUGAUGAUAUUCAGAAUCUUGUGCGGAAAAUGGAUCGAGCCAUUGUGGGAGACCAUGCAAGCUUCUGGGCCAGUUGCUGUGGUUUUUGUAUUGCCAGCAUUUGUCAUCGGUAACUUUGUCAUCUUGAAUCUUUUUCUUGCAUUACUUUUGAACUCAUUUGGAGGAGACCUGGGGGGCGACGAGGAAGAAGAAGAGAAAAAGAAGGAUAGUGAUUCAGAUAAGGAAGAGGARACGAAAGAAAAGYCAGAAAAGAAGUCCAGACUAAGUCAGUUGUUUGGAAAGAAAGGUGUUUCAGGAAGUAAAACUAAAGUUGGACCGGAUGAUGAGGACAACGAAAAUAGUGAAAUGCUUCGUGCAGACGACGAGGAUGAAAAUGAGAACAAGAAAGAGGCGGUCAACAAUUUGAGCAGCAGUAAAAGUAAUGAGGCAAUUCAUCGGGAAAAUGGCUUUGAGAUGUCCGACAUCAGCAAAGUUGCAUUGCAUGAUGACGAAGACAUUUCACAGUCUCUUCGAAAUGACAAUUGCAAGUCGUUAACCACAAUUGUUGAUGUUGAGAGAGCAGCCAUAAGAAUACGAGAAGAACCAAAUUCAUCCAAGAAAAGCGAUGACAAGCUGGAGUCCAACGAUGAAAACCUCAGUAAUGGCGAUCUUGUGGCUAACGGCUCAGCGCCUAUAGUUCCAAAUGGUAACUCACGACUUUCUGCCAGCUCUGAUAGAUCACGCAAGGAUGUUAGUCUCGGUGAUAUCGAGUCUCGCAUACCAGCGGGAAGUCCCAACCACGACGGAAAACGUGACACAAUUGUCACAGUCGAUACAGAUAUUCUAGAUAAUGAGAAUAAAGUUCGUGAUUGCUGUCCUUCGUUUUGCUACUGCGAGAGUGUUUGUUGUGAGAGCUAUCGGGAUUCCUGUAUUAGGCGGAGUUGGCAUUCGCUGCGUGAAAAUGUACUGAGAUUUGUGGAACACAAGUACUUUGAGUUAUUCAUUCUGGUCAUGAUCGGUGUCAGCAGUUUGACAUUGGCGUUUGAAGACAUCCAUAUCGACAAGAAGCCCGUCCUCAAAGACAUAAUCGAGUUUCUCAAUUUCACAUUUGCCGUGACAUUCACUAUAGAGAUGUUAUUGAAAAUGCUUGCGUUUGGAAUCGUUGGUUAUUUCACCAACCUUUGGAACUGUCUUGAUUCAUUCAUUGUUGCGAUUUCUCUGGCAAGUAUCUCUGGAAAUGAAAACUUGAAUGCGUUCCGCUCCCUUCGAGCAUUAAGACCUCUCAGAGCUAUUUCACGAUUCGAGGGAAUGAAGAUUGUUGUCAACUCUCUGGUACAUGCCGUACCAGCCAUUUCCAAUGUCUUGCUGGUGUGUAUGAUCUUCUGGUUAAUCUUCUCCAUUAUUGGUUUCCAACUGUUCGGUGGCAAGUUUUUCAAGUGUGUCGAUGCUGAUGGUGAAAAAUACAGUCAUUUGGUGGUCCCUAAUAAGACUGUAUGCUUAAGCCUAAAAGAUCAAGGAGCCCGCUGGCAAAACUCUAAAGUCAACUUUGAUAAUUCUCUCAAUGGUUUCCUAGCCUUGUUCCAAGUGGCCACUUUGGAAGGAGUAUUCGAGGUCAUGUACGAUUCAGUGGACUCAGUAGGUAUUGACCAACAACCAAUAUAUGAGCAUUCUUUUGCUGGAUACUUCUAUUAUGUGAUCUUCAUUAUCAUGGGCGCUUUCUUCUUCUUGAACCUGUUUAUUGGUGUCAUCAUCGACAACUUUAACCGUCUAAAACAAGAGUAUGAAGACAGUGGUUCUUUGGGAUUCCUCCUUACACCAGGACAACGAAGCUGGGUCAACACAAUCAAGAAAACAUACUUUCGUAAACCAAAGAAGCAGCCUAAGAGACCCAAGUCCAAGUGGCGAAACUGGAUUUUUGACUUGAUCCAUCAAAAGAAGUUCGAAAUAUUCAUCAUGACUGUGAUUAUGUUGAACAUGCUUACAAUGAUGCUGCAGCACCAUAGGCAAGACGAAGAGUUUACCAACGCUUUGAGAUAUCUGAACUAUCUGUUUACCGGUAUCUUCACUGUGGAAGCUAUCGUCCGCCUCAUCGCACUCAGAUUCGACUACUUCAAGCAGCCGUGGAAUGUGUUCGAUUUUGUGAUUGUUAUUUUCUCGAUUAUAGGAAUAAUCAUGGAUGAUGUCCUCAAAAAGAAAAUGAGCUUCUCUCCUGGUCUUCUUCGUGUAGCGCGUGUGUUCCGCAUUGGACGUCUUCUGCGGUUCUUUGAAGGYGCGAAGGGUGUUCGUCGUUUGCUGUUUGCGCUGGUGAAGUCUUUACCGGGUCUCGUUAACAUUGCUACUCUUCUCUUCUUGAUCAUCUUCAUCUACGCCAUCAUUGGCAUGUCGUCGUUUGCCUAUGUGAAGAAAGACAACGGAAUCACGGAUGUUGUGAAUUUUGAAACGUUUGGCAAUUCGAUGUUACUGUUGUUCCGCAUUGGCACAGCAGCUGGAUGGAACACCAUUCUUGACCCAAUGAUGGUCACURAACCCGACUGUGACCCAAAGUUUACACCACCAGGCGAAAAAUUUGGUGGAAAUUGUGGAAAGCCGUUACUUGCCGUUAUUUAUUUCGUCAGUUAUAUUUUAUUCAUAUUUUUAAUUAUUAUCAAUAUGUACAUUGCGGUCAUUUUAGAAAAUUUCAACGAAGCACAGUCACAAGAAGACAUUGGCAUCACAGAUGACGAUCUGGAGACAUUCAUUUGUGUAUGGGAAAAAUACGACCCCAAAGCAACUCAUUUUAUACAUUAUUACCAACUUAGUGACUUCUUAGACGAGCUGGAUGAACCAAUGCGUAUACCCAAGCCUAAUAGAGACAAAUUUGGCGAGCUCGCAGUGCCUCUUAAGUCCAACAAUAGAAUUUACUGCAUUGAUCUUAUGCAGUCGUUAGUACGUAAGAAAAUAGGCGAUCUGGAAGGAGUAGAGCAUGAAGAAAUGGAUGGGUUAAUGCAACGACUUAAAGACAAGUUUAAUUCUAAGUCAAGUAAAGAUAAAGAAGAGGAUAAUGUUGCACAAAUAGCUGAAAUCCACGCCCAUGAAAAUAAAAUGGCUGCUGUCAUACAGAAAGCAUAUAGAAUUCACUUACUCAAGCGCAAGAUACGAGAGCAUUGUCACACUAAGUUCCACAAAUACGACCGAUUAAACGAGAGCAAAGAAAAAGAAAAACAUAGCCAUGGUCAUCACGGAUUGUGGAAAGAGAAGCAGCUACAGACGAAAUCUGAGAGUACGGCGGGUUUGGAGACGGUUGUUGCUAUGUUAUGGUACAACGAAAGCAAACGACACGAAGAGGAACGUCAGUCCGCAGCAGCAGCAGCAGCAGCAGCUGCUGAACGCAAUAARUCUGAGGAUGAUUUGGAGACUAAAGACAAAGAGGACAAGAAAGAAACAAAGACACAAGGGGAGACUAGUGAGGAAGGCGGACGAGAUUCGAAGAUGUCCAACUGUUGAACCAGUACAACCAAAACUGGUAUGUAAGCCCGCGAAGGAUUUCACACAGUCCUCGAUCUUUCAAUUUAAAUCAUUGGCAGGAUAAACAUAAUCCAUCCUAUAGUUGGGUUCCAAUAUCCCUAUGAACAAAACAUGACAACAUAUCAAAAGUGGACUGGAUUCUAGUAAUAUUUUUGGUUGUCAUAGUAACGGCCACGACAGACCCUCACAUUUGCCUCUUUAAUAUGUGUGCUCGUUUUCAGUCGACGGAGGCCGAGCUGUGAGCACAAUGUAAAUAUGACCAAAGAAUGGCAUUAAUAUCUGUGUGUUCCUGUUAAGACCAUUAGAUUAACCCUUAGUUCCUGUCGUGGUAGACAAGUACGGCCCAUAAAUGGAGGUCGUCAGACGGCGGCGAACAAAGAACUGCAACACUUAGAGCAAGGUUAUGGUAUUGGAAGAGUUUAGCAAAUUUGUGCUUUCUUUUGCGUCAAUCAAUCAAGUUUUAUCCAAUCUAGAACAAUUUUCGCACAUCCAUGGAAAAGGACCAGAAAUCCCUUCUGCUAGAACUAAGAUAAACCCAAUGUAUUUAUUGAAUCAAUGAAUUUUGAUACUUAAACUCAUAGAAAACUGUUUUUGCGACGCCAAAUUUGUGCCGCCAUGAAAACAAAAAACGAAAAAGAUCAUUGGCUCCUUUUGGUUUCUUGUGCGGCAUAAAUUAGGUGGGCGUAUCUCCAGGAAUUGUUGAGAAUAGUGGUUGCUGGAGAUUUAGCUAUCGCUUUAGAAGUCAAUGCAAAGAAGUCCAUAAUUAAGACAAGCUACAAGUGUACCAGAGAUUAUAUGAAUAUUUCAGCAAUAUUGAUCUGCAAAAGAGAUAAUUUGUCAAGCACGUAUUAGACGUGUAAACAAAGACUGGCGUAACCGUCAACGGUAAUAUUAAUGUUCGUCUUGACCUUCCACCCCUGAAUAUCAGCACUUUUAAAAUAUGUUUAAAGCAAAAUUAUUUAUUUGAAUAUUUAUUUUUGGAGACUUUCUCUAGUACUUAGUCCCUCUCUUGGGAUUGUAUUAUAGAUAUCAACCAUGAUGCACUCGGUGCCUAAAUCUACCUAUAAUGCUCUGCGCGUUUCGGUAGGAUUCUACCCAUAAUGCACUAACCUCUUAUUCUAGUUACCAGCCCAUCUCUUAUUGUUAAUGUCUUCUAGUCAAUUAGAUCGCGUUUCAAGGAUUUAGYCCUUUAAUGAAUUAUCUUAUAUGGCAGACGAAAUUCUGCCUUUGCUCUUUAACAACUUUUUAUACUGAUUUUGAAUUUUUUAUUAAUAUUAAUAAUUGUUUUGGAGGUGUGGUCAUAUAUUAAACACUUUCGCCUACAAUGUUCAUCUUUGUUCUUAUAAAUGUAUAUUUUUUUUCUCUCCCUUAUGUAAUUAACCAAUCCCAGAGUUCUCAGUAAGUGCUAUUUUACUGAGCACGGCGUUAACUGCAUUUCAGUAAAUUUCGAGCCAAGUCCGAUGUAUAUGUGUUGUGUGCCUUGUGUCUAUUAAAGUAAAUACCUUAGUAAUAUGA